AUGUCGCGGGGCUCAGACCCCGGCGCCCCGAGAGGGCGCGCCCCCGCCCGCCGCCCCGGAAGCUCCCGGAAGGACCGCGGCUCCCCGGGCCCGGCCCGCCGCCCGCCGCCCGCCCCCCUCCUCCGGAGGCCCCGCCGGCAGCCCGGCCUCUCCGUUCACCGCACCGGUGCGCAGGCCAGGACGGGCGGGAGACCUGGGCGACGGGGACGGAGGACGAAGGCGGUCACGGCCCCGACGCCGGAGCUGCGCUGGCCGGCCGCUACCCCGCCUCCCGGCCGGAACCUCCGCAGCGGGAGGCAGCGCGCACGCGCGGCAGGGAGCGCGCCGGGCGGGGCGCAUGCUCAGACCCUUCCUCGGGCGCCCACAGCCCGGUCCCUCCGCGCGGGACGCCGCGAGCCCCGCCCCCUGAACGCGGGACGCCGCGAGCCCCGCCCCCUGCACCUGGGACUCCCAGAGCCCCGCCCCCUGCACGAGGGAUGCCCGGAGCCCCACCCCCUGCGCCUGGGACUCCCAGAGCCCCGCCCCCUGCACCUGGGACUCCCAGAGCCCCGCCUCAUCUCCCAGAGCCCCGCCCCCUGCACCUGGGACUCCCAGAGCCCCGCCCCCUGCACGAGGGAUGCCCGGAGCCCCACCCCCUGCGCCUGGGACUCCCAGAGCCCCGCCCCCUGCACCUGGGACUCCCAGAGCCCCGCCUCAUCUCCCAGAGCCCCGCCCCCUGCACCUGGGACUCCCAGAGCCCCGCCCCCUGCACGAGGGAUGCCCGGAGCCCCACCCCCUACGCCUGGGACUCCCAGAGCCCCGCCCCCUGCACCUGGGACUCCCAGAGCCCCGCCUCAUCUCCCAGAGCCCCGCCCCCUGCACCUGGGACUUCCAGAGCCCCGCCCCCUGCACGAGCGCUGCCUGGAGUCCCGCCCCUGCACGAGGGAUGCCCGGAGCCCCGCCCCCUGCACCUGGGACUCCCAGAGGAAGGGCCGCCUUGGCUGGGUGUCCAGAGCCCAGGCCUCAGACCCACUGGGGCCUGGGGUGCUGCGGCCUCCCCAGGUGCCAGGGGCUGACAGCUGGUUGCUGGGAGAGCCUGGGGACACCCCCGCAUGGGCCGGCAGCCUGCAGACGGAGCUUCCGGCCGCCCGGGAGCUGAGUGAGCAGCAGCAGCUGCAGAUCUCCAAGGAGUUGGUUGACCUUCAGAUCACCACCCACCGCCUGCAGGAGCAGCACGAGGCUGAAGUCUUCCAGCUGCGGAGGGAGGUCCUGCGGCUGGAGAGUCGGGUGCUGGAGCUGGAGCUGCACCACGAUCACGCCAGCCACAAAGCCCCAGCAGACUCUCACCAGGGGUGCUGCCCAACACCGGCACAGGAGUUCAGCCACAGAACUCAGGGGCCUGAGCCCCAGGAGCACCAGAGACCCCAGCCGCCGGGAGUCGGGGGAUACCUGCGGGAAGAUGGGACCUGGGUGCAGCAGGCCCUGCAGGAACGAGUGGCAGCCCUGGACCGGCAGCUGCAGGGAACCCAAGAAGAAGCCAGGGCGGCUGGGCAGCGACUGGCCACACAAGCUAUGGUACUGUCCACCUGCCAGGCCCAGCUCCGCCAGGCCGAGGCCGACAACGCCCGGCUGCAGCUGCGGCUGAAGAGACUGAUGGAGGAAUAUGCCGCACGGCUGCAGCACUGUACGCAGCAGGCGGUGGAACAGGCCAGUGGUACGGGCCAGGCUUCCCUGCGGACAUUCCUGGAAGCCACUCUGGAGGACAUCAGGGCAGCGCACCGCAGCCGUGAGCAGCAGCUGGCACAGGCCGCCCGGACCUAUCGCAAGCGCCUGGCAGACUUAAGUCGUAGGCACGAGUUGCUGCUGACCACUUGCAGUGUGCAGCAGGAACGGCCCCAGGCACCGACGGACCCCAGCAAGGCACUGGAGACCCCCGGGGCCACCUGUGCUGCCAAGCCUGGCCACCCAAGGGAUGAUAAGUGCCGCAGCCUCGGGACCUCACUUCUGGGCCCAGAGAAAGGACCUGGUGAAGGCUCCCAGGGGACAUCACGGCCGCUGGGCCUGGCCACUGUGUCCUGGGCCGAGAUCCACCAGAAGCUCCGGGACUUCUCCAGGAACACCCAGGCGGAGCUGGAGCGUCAGCAGGCCCAGCUGCUGGUCCGGGCCACGGUGGCGGAAGAGCAGCUUGCUGAGUUACAGGAGUACGUAGACCAGCAUCUAGGCAGGUAUAAGCAGGAGAUUCUGAGACUGCGGACGCUGGUGGGUUCUGAGGACCCCCAGAAUGGAGAGGCCCUACCUCCAGCCAGGCCCCAGCAUCCGAGCACACGCAGCACCCGCUAGCCGGUCUCCGAGGGCAGCCGGC